GUCGCGGCGAGGCGCCGAUUCGACGAAAUGACGUCAUCGCGCCCCGUCCCUCGCGGCGGCGUGACGUCACGACGCACGCCUGCCCUCCUCCCCCCCCCUCCCGUGUUCGCCCGCCAUCUUAGGCCUGGCCCGCAUUCCGCCAUUAUUGCCGCCUUAGCCCUUGGGCCGCGAAGCCCGAGUCGCGAGCGGGAAAAAUCGGCGCUUCUCACCCCCAGGCAUUUUUGUUGCGGACACCCGUGGGUUACAGGGUCCUUCCUUUGAGGACCCAGGCGUAAUGUCACAGGCUGUGGACGAUAUUACCCACAAGACAUUGCUUUUGGAGGUUCCGGCCGAGAUCAUCCAAAGCGAUGUCCCCGAGUGCGACAAACCGGACGACGUAUUGCUUGAGUCUGAGCUGGGUGGCGUCCCGAGCGUCAGGUCAGCCGAGGUGGGCACUGGUGGCAGCCCCACGCCCGGGGCCCUGGCACCGCCGGCUUCGGAACAAACGGACGAUCCCAUGAUGGCGGCGGCGGUGACGACAAUGGAACCACCGUGCGGCAUCGCUCUGGAACAUUCUGGUGUUAGUGCCGCCGUGCCCGAGAGCCUCGUGGAUGAGGGGGUGGUGCACGAGGGGAUGUUGGAUGUGGGUGUGGUGAACGAGGAUGUGGUGAACGAGGAUGUGGUGGACGAGGGUGCGGUGGACAUGGGUGCGGUGGACGAGGGUGCGGUGGACGAGGGUGCGGUGGACGAGGGUGUGGUGGAAGAGGGUGCGGUGGACGUGGGUGCGGUGGACGAGGGUGCGGUGGACGUGGGUGCGGUGGACGAGGGUGUGGUGGUAGAGGGUGUGGUGGUAGAGGGUGUGGUGGACGAGGGUGCGGUGGACGAGGGUGCGGUGGCCGAGGGUGCGGUGGACGAGGAUGCGGUGGAAGAGGGUGCGGUGGACGAGGGUGCGGUGGACGAGGGUGCGGUGGACGAGGGUGCGGUGGACGUGGGCGCGGUGGGCGAGGAUGCGGUGUGCGAGGGUGCGGUGGACGAGGAGGUGGUGCACGAGGAGGUGCACGAAGAGGUGGUAGAUGAAGAAGUAGAUGCCACGGAGACGGUGGAGUUGGAGGUGACAGUGGAGGAGGCGGUCCCACUCGGAGGCGACGCAGUGGACGUGGAGACGGAGCAGAUCGUGUCGGAUGUGACGAUCACCGUGGAGAGCUCGGAAAUGGUGGUGGAGGUCGGCGAUGACCAUGAGCUCUUGGCACAGGACGAUGUCAUAGACACCAUUGGCACCAUCGAGCAGGAGGAGGUGGAUGAGGAGUCUGUGUGCACAGACAUGGGGAACAUGGUGCAGAUGGUCGUGGAGGAGGUGGGAUCGGCAGGGAGCACCGGUGUCGUGGACGAAUCUCCGGGGCUGGUGGCGGUGACAUCGCAACCGCUGGCGGAGAUGGAGUUGGCGGUGGUGGAGGAGCCGACACCGGUGCUGCUGCCCAUGGCCUCUGCACCGGCGGUGGUGGCGAGCGAGGAUGCGGUGAGGGUUCGCGCCGUGUCCAGCGCCGCGGGUUGCAACGACUCCGAGCACGGCGUGAGUCUCGUGCCGGUUUCUGCUGCUGAGGAGGAGGAGACCACCACCGUGGAGAUGGUGGAGGUGGGCGUGGAGGAGGAUGAGGAGGAGGUGAUGCUAUCAACCGAGGAGGUUCAGGCCCACGAGACAGCGCUCCAUAUCGACCUCGCCGAUGACGAGCAGAUGAUGGAGGUCUCUGUACACGAAGUGGCUCUGGGUCCACAGGAGGUUGAGGAGGAGGAGAUCGACAGUGGGGUUGCAACCCAGGAAGUGGUCCUUACGGCACAAGAAGUGAUGUCGGAGGAAGUGUUGCCAGAGAUCCAGGUGUCAGAAGCUGACCUGGAGGUCCCAGCGUCACGUGCAUCCACCACGGCGCAGAGCUGCUGCUACACAGUGACGGUGGCAGACACAGAAGGGAUGGGCCACUCCGUGAAGCUGUCGAGCCAGCCGAUGGACGAGCAGCCGAGCACAGCACUAAGUGAGCGGCCGUCAGCCACCUCCACAAUCGACUCGGCGCUGACGCCCGCUGCGGGGCUACUGCUGCCCACGGAGAUCUUCCAGCAUGAGGAGAACGUGGCUGACGUGGCGUUGCUGCGUGGCAUCGCAGGGCAGAGCGGCUCCCUGCGCCUGGUGGAGGAGGAACCGCACCAGGAGCCAAGUGAAGUGGGCCCUAUAUGUGAAGAAGUGAUCAAGGUGUUCAUCUUUAAGCCCGAUGGCUCGGCCAGCGAGAUGGGUGUGGCCACUGGAGUGGCAGGUGGUCCUAUUCACACAGCUGUGUUGGAGCAAACGGAGGAAGCCAUCAACAUGGCGGAUGAGGUCUACAUGGAGGUCAUCGUCGGAGAGGAUGAAGUCUCGGCUGGAGUUGCUGAGACGACAGUGGAAGAGUCUGGGCUCAACAAGCACUUUGUGACCUGGGCGUCUGCUUUUGAUGUGGUGGAGGGAACGGACCAGACGGACGAGCAGACGGACGGGGAAGUUGGACCGGACGCGUCUCCCGGAGGCCUAGCGGGCCGCACCCCACGCCGUCACUCCGGAGAGAAGCCGCCCCGCUCACGCCGGAAGGGCAGCCGGGCCAAGGCUCCCGCCUUCACCGUGCGCACAGCGAUAAUCAUCGGGCCGGACGGGCUGCCCAUGAAGGUGUACCCCUGUGGCGUGUGCGGAAAGAAGUUCAAGACACGCGGAUUCCUCAAGAAGCACAUGCACAACCACCCUGAGGGUGAGGGGGGCGGCAACAUGGCCGCCAUCGGGGGCAGCAGCAAGGGCAGCGCCCGUAUCAGCGGCCUGGGCGCCGUGAGCAAGCGGCGCUACCAGUGCACAGACUGCGACUACACCACGGGCAGGAAAUCGCACUUCCACUCGCACAUCGAGAGCCACCGUCUCGUCUCCAACACCACACCUGUCUCUGGGCUGGUGCACACGGCGUGUGCGGGCGACCGUCCCUACGAAUGCGAGGAGUGCGGGCGGCGCUUCGAGAAAGCUGCGGCGCUGGGCUCGCACCGCCUCGUGCACCGCAACCGCCCGGCCAAGAUGCACAAGUGCAAGUUCUGCGAGUAUGAGACGGCCGAGCCGGCACUGCUCGGCCAGCACUUGGCGUCAGUGCACAGCCGCUCGCUGCCACACGUGUGCGCCGACUGCGGGCGCGGCUUCCGGCACCCGUCGGAGCUGCGCAAGCACGCGCGCACGCACACGGGCGAGCGCCCGCACUGCUGUCAGUACUGCGACUACCGCAGCUCGGAGGCGUACAACCUGAAGAUGCACGUGCGCGCGCGUCACAGCCGCGCACUCGCCUUCCCGUGCGGCGACUGCGGCGCUAGCUUCACGGCGCUGGGCGAACUGCGGCGGCAUGCGGCCAUGCACAGCGCGGAGCGCGUGUACGCGUGCCAGUACUGCGGCCACCGCAGUUCCAACUCGAGCGACCUCAAGCGCCACGUCAUUUCCAUCCACACGCGCAGCUUCCCGCACAAGUGCGAGGUGUGCGAGAAGGGAUUCCACAGACCUUCCGAGCUGAACAAGCACAUGGCAACACACAAAGGCAAGAAGGUUCAUCAGUGCCGACACUGCGAGUUCCGCACAUCCGACCCGUUUGUGCUGAGUCGGCACAUUCUCUCUGUGCACACCAAGGAGCUGCCCUUCAAGUGCCGCCGCUGCAAGAAGGGCUUCAAGCAGCAGAGCGAGCUGAAGAAGCACAUGAAGUCGCACACAGGCAAGAAGGUGUACCAGUGCGAAUACUGCGACUACAGCACCAUGGACGCAUCAGGCUUCAAGCGCCACGUCGUAUCCAUCCAUACCAAGGCCUACCCGCACCGCUGUCAGUUCUGCCACAAGGGCUUCCGUCGGCCAUCCGAGAAGCAGCACCACGUGCUCAAGAACCACAAAGAGCACAUUGUCAUGGGAACAUCGCCGUGAGUGUCUGGCCCGUCCGCACAAACGAGGAUUGGAUAAACAAAAAAAACUUAAGAACGGUGACCGCUGCCACCAAUGUCGCCACCACCAGCGCUUUCUCCACCAGUCGACUCGGCAUUACUGUGCCCAGGAAGCCUCAGAGAAUGGAAUUGCGUUGCAUUUACUUUUUGUUUGGCACGACUAUCCCUAUGCAAUCGGAAUGCGUCGGGCCACAGUGGAAUCCCGUCAUAUUAUUGUUAAGAAAGCGUCUUCUUCCCCGUGUAGUCGGAUUGUGUUUUGGGAAUGCAGGCUCGUCCCUAUAGAGUCAGGUGUCGUUAUUUUCCGCAGGCUUCACCCUAUGGAAUCCAAACCCAGUUUUGUGCAGCAACAUUAUAUACAUAUUGGAUUGAAUAAUUUGAAUUGUCAAGCUUGCUCUUAUCACAUACAAUUGUACAGCACUUUUGUAUCGCAAGCUUGUUCCUCUGGAAUCUUGAUGGUGUUUUUGUUGCGCAGUCGUGGACUCCUGGAAUCUGGUUUCAUGAUGGUUGAGCACACUUCAACCGGUUGAAUUGGAUUAUGCUCCUGUGUAACAGUCACUGCCCAGUGGCAUGGGAUCAUAUUUCUGUUGAAUCGUCUUGAGUUAUCCUUUCACAUGCUUUCUGGGGAAUCUGGUUGAUUACAUUGUACAACAUUUUUAUUAGCUUGCUGCCGAUAAAAUCUCAUGACAUCUGAUUUGCAAGCUUGGGCAUGUGAAAUUGGAUUACAUGUUGGAAAAUUUAACCAUAUACAGAAUCCAACUAUUACCAGGUCCUGGUUUCUGAAAGAUGCACUCUUGUCACGCAUAGAAGAGCCAGGCUUAUGUAGCUUAUGGUAACAACUGGUCUUGAACUACUUUGAGCCAAGCCUGUUUAGAUGAAGCUAACUUCGGGGUUGGGCUUGCGAGUAUAAAAAUAAUAUAAAAAUGAAGUUGAUUUAUGCUUAUCAAUCUAAAAUUUACUUUUAAUAAACAGAUACCAUUCUACGUCUUUACCCCCAAUGGCGGAGCCAGGAUUUUGAUGAAAAAUGGAGGAGUUGUUAGUAAGUAAGGACUUGUCCCUUGCUUUUAUAUUCGACUUGUGUGCGGUGAUGGCACAGCCAUCGAUCGAGGGUCGAAUUCGAACCGUGUGUGAUCGGCAUCGCGCUCGCUGAAGGUGAAUGCCUUCAGGGAAGUCGCGGACUCUGUAUACACAACUGCGCACAAUUCUUUGAGUCACUUAUAACUGCUUUGCCAUUACUUAUUGCAAAUUAUGGAUUCAGACUAUUGUCCUAUCAUCUCAUAGAGUCCCUGGCACGUAAUAAUAUGCUACAUAGUGGCAGUGGGGGUUGCAAACUGCCGAAUUAUUACUAAUAAACUCCAAUGAUCCGAUCGAAAUUCGGGAUUUCGAUCGGAUCAUUGGGGGGGGCACGUACCCCCCCCCCCCCCGCCCACUGGCCACUGGCUCCGCCAGUGUUCACCCCCAUUUUACAUAGGUAAACUAUAAAUGUUUUAUCGCCUAAUUUACAUACAUUUUCCAUUAUCAGUGUUUUUAUUGUCUGGAUAAACCUUCCCCUCCCACCCCAGAUAAUUGAGAGAUAACUAAAUUGGUUAAUGCUACCCAAGUGAAGAUGCUAUUGAAAUUCCAAGAGAAAACCCGUAGAUGGCUUGUCAUCAGGCUUUGGCGAUGUUACUUGUUCUGCUGGCAAUGAUUUGGGAUUAAUUUGAACGCUAAGUACGGUGUAACAAAAAAAUGUCCACGUAUAAGAAGGGAAAAAUGGGUCAGGCAACUUAUUGUGGGAACAUUUGGUGGCAUCACACUUCCAAUUCACACCAAAUUGGGUUUAGCACAUUUAUAUUUUCCAUUUAGUUUGUGUCCUGAUGACAUUUCAAACAAAUAUUUCUAAAGGAUUAGACACACUUUUCUCACUGCCAGUGAUAAAAAUGGAAAUACAUUCAUAUUUCACCAGGGACACGUUUUAAGCAUUUAAAAAUCUGCUUAAAUUCCCCCCCCCUACUCAUUACGAGGGCUUCCCCACAUUUCCAUGAGUGGUUUGUCUUUCUUGAUUUGAAGCUUUCGUGACUGCAGGAAUCCAUACUCUUUGUUUCUUUCGGUAAAGUCACGUAGGUAAAAAAAUAAGCAAGAAAAAACGGCUGUUUUUUCUUGCUGUGGUUGUCUCACCUGAUGACGAUUGCUUGUGUUGCGAUCGAAACGUCGUGAUCUGUUAUUUUUCUACCUACGUGACUUUACCGAAAGAACCAAAGAGUUUGGAUUGUCUUUCAUUGCCAUUGGAAAUUAAAAAAAGUUGCUUGGCAGGGGCACCACUGACACCUGGAGCAGUGAGAAACAGCCCAGUUCAAUUUCCAGCUGUCACAGCAAAGCAGGUUCACGUGGCCACAAGCACCACACACUGCCACAAGCCUUUUAAGUUUCAGCUGCAGUUCGAUGUUGGUAAUUGUGACAUGGAGGCAUGGGUUUAACCAGCCAUAGGUCAUCUCCAGAGCAGGUCGGAUGGACAUUUUUGUGAAUUCUGUGCAAUGGAAAUGCCAAGGUGGAAUUUGCCAUUCACUCAAACCGGAGCCAUGAGCUAACUACCUUCCACUGCCCUUGCACCUAAUAAACAAAGCACACUUGUAUAAAAAGUAAUUUAUUUUUAUAAAUAUGUAUGCAUGUGUACAGAACAUCAGUGUAAAUGGCAGAUUUUUUCUCAUUUUUUGCAGCAUAUAUAUACACCCACUCAGACUGCUUCAUAUAGUGGCUUCACACAAUGAAAACAAUUGGCUACAGGUUUAUUUCAUAUAUUUUUAAUAAUGUUGACGCCAGUUCCGGUAGAUUGGUACAAAAAUUACAACUCUCCAUGUUAAACAUGGCUCGCAUUUCACUCUGGGGAGGCGUUCCAGUGCUUGGGAGAGUUUUGAUUUAGUAUACUUUUUUUCCGCGGCCUGUGAAAAAUGUGGCUUGUGAUGCUGUGAAGGUGCCCUACAUGGGUGUGGGACAAGAGUGACUGAAAACACUUCAGAACUCUUUCAAUACCCUUUAUAAACCAUGCUCUCACAGUUGGGAUUGAAUCGUGGACUUAGACGAUAGAGACCACACUUACUGACGGCCAGGGCAUCGGUUGAGUCUUAAGGUGUCUGAAUGGAUUGUCUGUCUGGGUAUGUAGGACAACCCUUUCUUGGUCUUGAGUUCCAUCCUCAAAAUUAACUUUUGCAAAGAAAACAGCAACUUUUGGGGGAUUUUUGUUUGCGCAUUGGCUGUCUGCGACAGCCGUACUGGGCUUGAACCUAGACGCACACUCGUUGGGUCAUAAGUUAGAGUUUCCCGCUCAAGGCAUCCGGCUGCAUGUGAAAUAUAAAAUAUAAUUUUGGGUCUUUCAUGACAUUUUUGUUUGUUCUCGCCAAAUUGUUUAAAAUCAAAAAUUUGUUAACGGAAUUUUGAGGUCAACCCCUUUUUUGUAUCCGCCCCGAAUUCUGUUAACUAUUUUUGAUCUUUAGACAUUACCGCUCAAUGCUUAUAUAGUCUGAUCGUAGGUGUGUUUUAAGCAAUACAUUGUUAACCUACAAUCAAAGUGUAAACACGUGUGAAAUAGGAAAGCUAAUGUUAUAUACGUUUUGCUAAUGGAAGAACAGUUCGAGCUGUUCCAAAAGAAAUGUAUAAUAAUGGAAAUUCUGAUCCCUUCUGUACCAAAUGUUUAAAAUUUAAAAUUCUGUAAAGUAUAAUGUACAUUUGGGGAAAUUUGUUAUUUUUUUCUGACUACAUUGAGCGUUUGUUAAGUGUGUUGCAUAAGAAUUCUGUAUAUAGGAUGUACGAUAAUAAUUUACAUUGGUCGGGUGAAGAGGGGUGUUAAGAAGAGUAAACAUUUAAAAGCAAAAAAAUAUUUUAAAGUUGACUUUGAAUAAUUGGGGAGAUCACAUUUCAGUUUGUGAAUCCACUGAGAUUGUUCACGGUCUUGCAGUUAACAUCCAAUGGCUUACAUUUACAACAAAAAAAAACUCUUCAGGUUAAAUAUGCUUGGCUUUCGUUUUUUUGCUGGUUCUUUAAGGAAUUUCACACUUUGGUCAUGACAAAAAUAAUGCAUUAUUAUUAUGACUAUCAAGGUCAUUGUUAGGAGAAAAGUGUGUAAUAUAAAUUGCAUUAUUUUGCAUGCACAUUCAUUUGGAAGCUCUUCCUGUCCAAUCCAAUGUGCUGUGUUACCUAUAUCGGUUGAAGACUUCUGACAACUGCAAAUUAUGCACAUCUGAGGAUGGUGUCAUUAUACAUGGGAGUAUUAAGGACAGGUUUUUUUACUAUUAAUUUUAAAUGUGUUUAUUUAAGUUUUAACAGACUCAUGAUUAUUUCACUCAGUGGCUUGGUUGCGAGGGUUCCAUUUCCGGUGGCGCAAACCCAGAACCGGCCGCUGUCCUCCCACUGCUCACCUUACACCCAACCUGCACUCCCAACACCAAGUCAGCCCAGACCCAAAACUAGACCUGGCCCUAACCUCAAAACCAACACAAACCCUAACUUAACCCUGGCCCCAACCUUAACCCACCCAUGGAUCGAGCCUUAAGCUCGUCCUGACAACAACUUUGACCUUUACACAACCAGGACUAUAUCCCACUUCAGACCUUAGCCAAUCACAAACCCCUACACAAAUGCAGUCUAACUAAAGCCUAACCAUAACCUGCACAGACUUUAACUGUAACCGAGUCCUUGACUGGUUCUAAGCCUAUAACUGUCGAGCUGUAUCCCAAACCUUUACCUAACCCUAACCUCGGUCGGUCCCCAACCUUAACGCCAACAUUUUCCUAGCAUUACCUCAAUCCAGUUCAAUGCAGACCUACACCAGCCCAAACCUCAACCUCUUAACUGAUCCACAUCAGGCCUAACCCAGGCCAUCAGAAGAUCUCGACCAUGUCCCCAACUUGUACCUACAUAUUGUGAUUCAUUGGUGGUGGCUCCCACAUAGGUUUUGAAGUUAAUUGCAGGUCGCUUCCUUUAGCAAUAGCUACCUUCUGCAAAGGAGGGAAACAUAAAACUAUGGGCACUCCUCUGAUCUGCCAGGUUACGUGACCUAAACUCCAAGCAUUUUUGCUAUAUCCAGAAACCCCCAAUUCUUAACUCUUGAUCUUAAUUGAGUUAACCUGAACUCUCUCUCAAUCCAAGUUCCUUAGCAUAACUCCUGCAUUUAAACGUCCACCAUAUGGAAUAACUUAUCUCCAAACUAAAAUGUAUCCUCACUCUAAACUGCAUGUCUAAGCGCAACCCCAGCUCUAACUUAACCCUAUGCAAUAAACGUAACCUCCCAACAGCUCAAGUUCAUAACCCUGAAACUGAGCCUAAUCUUACCCUGAUCCUUGCCUUGGCCAGCUGCUGUGCGAGAGGAGAGCAGUGUUGUGGAAGCGGUCUAGGGCUGUACCACUGAGGAAACGGUCUCUGGCUCGGGGUGGCUGGGGUCAUGAAUGAGUUGGCUCAGCGAUGACCUUGCCAUGCCUUUGUUUGGGGCCGGACAUCACACCGUCGCCUCAGCCACUCUUGCUACCAUGUACACGCUCGCAUGUAUACUCUGUUUAAAUAAACACAUGCGUAAGACGAGAA